AUGGACGCCAGCGUCAGUUACAAUAUGUCAAUUAAUCCCAGUGUGAGUCAGGAGCCAGUGUCAAGGGGCCCACACUGGGCACUCCUGGUCUCAGAGACUUUGUUCCACGUCAUCAUCAACCGCCUCCUCUCAGUCUUCGGCAUCGGCAGCAACAUCAUCAACAUCACCGUCUUCUGCAAGCAAGGUUUCAAGGAGACCAUCACCGUGGGUUUGGUAGGGCUGGCUAUCUCCGAUUUUGGAACCGUUGUUGGUGGUUUGGUUCUCGCCGAGUGUUUUAAUCCUCUUAUGCCGUACGAGGAAUGGCGGGUGAAAAACAGAGAGGUUCAGUAUCUGGCCGGGUCUUUUCCACGUGUAUGUUUCGCGCGUAUCACGGGCCUUAUCACCGUGUACAUCACUCUAGAGAGAUGUCUCUGUGUGGCCAUACCGCUUCACGUGAAGAGAAUGCUGAAGCCAAAACGAACUUUCGUAAUAGUUCUCUUCAUCUACGCACUGGUCAUCUCCACCAUAAUGCCCGUGUAUGUUGGAUAUCAUCUAACUUGGAAGUUCUCUCCCCAAGACAAUGCCACUGUUUUUGGUCUUGUCAUGUCUCAAAAUGCCCCGCAGCUAGAAUACAUCACGUAUAUUGCCACUGUGGUCCUUCAAAUGUCGUCAUUCAUUCUGCUGAUCUUAUUAACCUCCGCACUUGUGAUUAUGCUUAAGAAAAAGUCGGAAUGGCGCAAGCAGACAAGCUCACUUUCAGAGAACAAAACGACGACUUCCAGACGAGACCGAUCAGCAAUCAGACUUGUUGUCAUGGUCGCCUGUAUCUUGAUUGGGUUUCUCACUCCAGGAACCGUUCUUUUCCUCACGACCAUAUUCGAACCUCAUUUCAACAUUGGAGGCGAUUACGAGGUCCAUUUCUAUGUCGCGUGGACUGUCGUGUCCUUUUGCGAAGUGGCGAAUUCGAGUUUGAACAUUUUUGUUUACUACAACAUGAAUACCAAGUACAGAGAAACGUUCCUUUCCAUUUUCUGUCUUCAUAAGAAAAAGUUGGAAAGUGUGACCACCUCAAAUAAAAUCUAA